UGAGGUUUUAAAACCUCUGCAUUAGCAAUCCCAAGAAAAGGAUGAGGCUUGGUACAUUAAUUAUGCUAUAUUACUUUGUUCACUUUGCAGCCAGCAGCGGGCCAGAGCUUUCGGUCGUGCAAUACCCUGAAGAUGCCAGCGUGCUCCUCAACUCCACGGUGUGGAUGCUGUGUGUAUUUGAGUACCCCAGCGAGGAGAACGAGGAGCCGGUCGUGUACUGGAGGAAAGGUCCCGACUGCCACAACCAGCAGAGCCUCCAGUCGAGCCCGGGCGCGGGCAGGCCACAGGUACACAUUACAAAGAACACCCUCAGGGGAUUCUCCAUCUUAAAACUGAGCAACGUUGACCAGAACGCCAGUAACUCCUAUUUCUGCGACGUGACGCUAACGCAGAAAAUCCAGGGCAAACGUGGAAAUGGCACCAAGCUGACCGUGCAUGAUUUAAAAUGCAAAGACUGUAUAAGAUCAGAAGAGACUUGGUGGGGUUGGUUCCUUCUUCUUGGAUAUGCCAUCUUUGUCACCACAGUUAUCAUAGCUUUUGGUAUUCACCAGUGCUGUAAAAAGUGCAAGAAUGAAUCAAGAAGUACAGAUAGCAGUGCUACCCUGCCAAGUGAAUGGAUUUAUGACCAGCCAUCCAGACCAGUUAAUAAUGGGUUUAAUCAAGAAUAUGAAGAUAUGUCACUAAUAAGAACUUUCAGAGACAUCGGAAGGAAAAUGAUAUAAGAAGGUGCGUGCAGUUGUAACUAAGAUAUGAGCAUGUGUGAUGUGUGCUACUUCUAUCAAGGUAGAAAAGAAACAUACAAAUUACUGCAUUAACUUGGAAUUUUCUUGUUCAAGUUUUUUUUCAUCUGUUCAUGUAUUUAUUUCAAACCAAAGUUACUAUUCCAUGCAGCUACAAAGGAAAUGCAUUUACUGUAUGUAACUGUCAUCAAAAUACUGUAAAUGCUAAAGGCAUUCAAACCUCUUUUCAAUGCCAAAAAAACCCCUUUUUUUUUCCUACUUCAAACACAAGGACACAGUUUGCUAUUUGUUUUUUACCCAGGUUAAGACAGCUGCUUUUCUUUAAAAAUGCAAUUCUGUAAUACAGUAUCUGUCCACUGUAAUGACAAAUUUAAAGAAGACUUUGUCAGAGAGGAAUUCCUCACAUGCUCCCAGUGCGCUGUCUGACCUUACCUCUAACUCCUUACACAUCCCCCACAUCUACAAAUCCCUGCACCUUCUUCCACGCUUUGCUAUUUAGCCAGCUGUGCCACUCAUGUAACACAUAUUGGGUGCAUGCACCUCCCAAUAGAAUGAAAAUAUUUCAUGUGCUUUUAAAAGUUGUAACUUACUUAUAUGUUUUCUGAAGAAACAUUAAUUACCAAAAUCAUCUUGACAUGUAGAUAGGCUACAUAGAUAGAAGUUUACUGCUGUAGGGCUUAUCCUUACUGCUUAUGUGCCGUAUCUAAGACUGUAAUAUAAAAUAUUUGGAUUUAAAAAGUGUCUUUUAAACUUGUUUUAAAGUAGUUAGAGUACUGGUGGAAUCUAUCUAAAUAACAACAAUAGAAAUAAGAUGCAUAGAAAGAGCUUAUCAUAAUUUGCAUUAGUAAUGAAGUACUUGAAGAAGCACUGCCUUGGUAUAGUGAUGUGUGUGUGACUUGAAGGAAAUCAAUACUUCAACAAAGUAUUUAACUUGUUGAAAAUGAUAUUUUUUCUUUUUUUUUUUUUUUUGCCUAGUCAAAUAUUGCAAGCUGAAUAUUGUGUUUCAAAUUUGCUUACCACUGAAAACAUAUUAUGUGAAAAGUAAUGGUUCAUAGAAUAAAAUGACAGAGGUUACAGCCUUAUACAUUAAUUGUGCAGUAGUUAUAAGAAGUGAGUAAACUCUAUUCACUUAAAAGGGGAGAGCAAGUCAUAUAGCUGACACUCGGGGCUGGACAUUAAGAAGUGGAUAUACACUGUUAGCUGGAUUCAGCUUCAACGUCAUCACUAGCCUCUUUUUCUAAAAUACUUCCUUAUUCUAUUAGUAAAGAUGCCAAAUAAUUUUCAUUUCAGAAACUGAUCUGAGCAUUUGAUGCCUUUUGGUGAAAAUACUGGCUAAUAUAUUUAGAAAAAGUGGAAUGUGACUUUCACAGGGACAGAUAGACUGUGCUUGAGCUUUUGGAGAGGGGGAGGACAAUCAUGAAGAAUCUUUUUUUUAAUUUUUUUUUUUUGUUAUUUGGACAGUGGGAAUUAAACAAUGGUCUUCCCUCCUCCUCUACCUAAACUGGGAACUGACUGUAUCUGCAGCCAUACGUAUUUAGGUUUCCAGAGUCAGUAGAUCAAACUCUAUUUGUGAAUGUAAAUACGUAAUUAAUUUCUUUUCCAAUGAAACUAUCUCUUCAGA